GGUACAUUCGGUACACUCAACAUAUCUUCCAGACAUCAUGAACUCCCUUGUGGAUCGGUUCGCAUCAUCCAGCUCAAACAGUAUCUUCAACGCCAAAAACUUGCACGUUGUCGAUGAAGAUGACUGCUCCGAUGGUGCAUGGGGAUCUCAGGCCGGCUUUGGUAGCUUAGCCAAGGGAGUCCCGUCCUUUGAAGUUCCCGCCGUCCCAGACCCUUCUGCUUUCCUACGCUUGCAUACCGAUGAUCAUGCCGAUCCUUCAUGCAGAAUCAAGAUCCAGCACGGAACUACGACGCUUGCCUUCAGAUUUAAGGGCGGUGUUAUCGUAGCGGUUGACUCGCGUGCCACUGCAGGAAGUUAUGUUGCGUCUGGUACGGUGAAGAAGGUGAUCGAGAUUAACCCGUACCUUCUGGGGACUAUGGCCGGUGGCGCCGCUGAUUGUCAAUACUGGGAGACAUACCUAGGCAUGCAUUGCCGCCUUCAUGAGCUCCGUAACCGGGAGCGGAUAUCGGUGUCUGCUGCGAGCAAGUACUUGAGCAAUCUCGUGUAUGGCUACAAGGGAAUGGGUCUGAGCAUGGGUACCAUGAUCUGCGGUUGGGACAAGACUGGCCCGGCUGUCUUCUACGUCGACUCUGACGGAACUCGACUCAAAGGCGACCUAUUUUCUGUUGGUUCUGGCAGUACCUUCGCAUAUGGUGUUCUAGAUCAAGGUUACCGGUGGGAUAUGUCCGACGAGGAAGCCCAGGAGCUCGGUAGAAGAAGUAUCUAUGCUGCAGGACAUCGCGACGCGUUCUCUGGUAACACUGUGAACCUGUAUCACGUAAAGGAAGAAGGAUGGCAGUUCAUUGGAAACUACGAUAUCUCCCAACUUCAUUACGACGGCCCUGGAAACGUCGCUGGGUCUCCUGGACAUGGCUAUGGAUACGAAACGCGUGUGGGGGGGCUUAGCUCAGCUAAUCCGCCUGCUGUCGAGGCACAAGCAUGAGUGUAGAGGUCUACAAGUGUGUGAAUCGUGUAUCAAUAAUAGUACCUUUUCUCUCUGUACUACAUUCAGAUGACAUGGAUUCGAUGUCAUGCCUAUGCCCUUUGCCAAUCCAACACGCGGAAGAUGACG